AUGGAUUUCCACCCUAGCGAGCGUCCAUCCGAGGGCGAUCUCUUCGAGUUCGAACGAUGGGAUCGAGGUUAUGACGCGGAAGAUAUAUGCUGCGUUAUUUGUGGUGCCCCAAGCUUUGUAGUAGUAGAGGAAGUGCGAAAUCGGAAUCUUGAGAGAUACAAGUGGUUUGUACCGCAGGCCAUUCGAGCUGAGAAUUAUCACUAUGAAACGGAUUGGGAUAUUGCGAGCCUGGCAAAUCACGAUCUGCCGCUAGAAGUACUCGGGACAGAUGAGAUUGAAAUCUAUGGUGUGCAUUAUGGAGAGCGGUUGUCAAGAUUAGAACCUAGGCCUUACGGGGAGCACUCAUCAAAAUUAGUACACGAUCGAUAUACGGAGUACCCGUAUGUAACGGUACAUUCAGAAUGCCUUGAUAUGAUGCGACGUCUGGUAGAGUAUCGCCAGGUUCUUCUAAACGUUGGAGUGACGGCUGGUCCAAAACAUCCUACAACCCUCAGCCAGUUCUAUGAAGUGUUUGAACAGCGAUUAACCAGGGUGUGGGAUGGGUAUCCCUUCGGGCUCAAGGGUGCUCCCUUACCCCGUCGUGUAGUUGAACCGCACUGGUACUAUUUUCGGGAUACCAAUCUUUUUCACAAUGUGGCGUGGGCCUUUGGGGAGCGAAAAGUCUAUGAGUACGAAAUGGCACCAUUUCCUAUCCCAGGGCUUACCCAGGAAAUUCUUUCAUAUCUACGGCCUCUUCCGCCGUCCUCGCAAGGAAAACCCAAAUUAUCUCUUGCACUGGAGGCACUACCCACCGAGAUCCAAGACAUGAUCUAUAAUAACCUACACCCUUUCGUCAAUCCCGGCUCGACAAGCACCCGUUCCUUACCGUCAAGUCUGUGGCGUGACAUGCUCUUUAACCGGCAGAUUCUGCCAUGGCUCUGGGAUUUAGAUAUCUCCGCCUUACAGAGCUACCCUGUGACACCUGAUGCGGGCAGCGUUCUGACAUAUGAGGCAGAAGAUGUUUGGGAUUGGGAGCGUCUUGUUCGCACCCUUGCACAAGUGGAGGUGUUUGAGCCGGGAAACCCUUUACAGCAUGCUCCGCUCCGUUUGCGAAAUCGUCGGCGCAUCUGGAGGCUACUAGAAGAGGCCGAAGAUGAAGAUAUUGAGGAAUGGCUCGAUAUUCAUGUGUAUAAGAGAAAAUGACAUGGAUAUAGGGAGAUAGUAGUAAACCAAGUUGUUUAGCCGAGGUUCAGUAGCUACGGGGCAUGGCCUGAAUACAACACUGCCCCAUUAAGAACUAAAAAGUUUGGUUAGGGAAUAAAAUCCAGAGCAAGUAUUCUUGAUCCCGCUAGUCAUAGUUACUAACAUGGUAUGAGUCUACUUCGGCUAUGUGGAUUACGAUAUACUAACGCAUACAUUUGGAAAAGAUCUAUUUUGACGCCAGCAACGUCACAUUGCUCCGGAUAGGGGCUUUGAGAUUUCC